AUGCAUGCCACAGGAGACAAGAUGUUCUGCUCCACGAAGGCCCUGCAUCAUUUACAGCAAGCCAGGAAGGAGCUUGGAUGCAGUUCUGCGAAGUACCUGUGUGUGAAUCUUACGGGGGAAGAAGUGACAUGGACAUUCAAGACCCUGGCGUUGAACGUAGGCGUUUCACCCGAUAAGUAUGCAACCCACUCGGUUCGCAUCGGAGGCGCAUCGGCGCUGCUCAGUGGAGAAGCGGAUAGCCUGGAAAUUAAUCUAUUGGGUCGUUGGAUGAGCCACAGCUACGAGGACUAUCCGGUACUCGCACCAGAUUCGGCCAGAGGACUAUCGCGACGCAUGAUUUAG